AUGUCACAUUCCAAUAGAUCGUCAUUUAGAACUGCAUCAAAUUCAAAAAUUUUAUUUGACCCAACAGAAUCUUAUUAUACAUCACAACAUGAUCAUCCCUAUCAACCUUCUUCUUUUGAACAUACUUUGUCUAUUCAUUCAGGUACUUCUGCUUCAGAGGGGUGUGAAUCAAACCAUACCGUCAUUGAGGAAUCUUCAGCCAACGAAUACAAAAAAGGCAAAAACACUGAAGAGAACAAUACCGAGCUGGUCCCGACCCCCACACAUUCAUCUGACUAUGAACUAAAGACGUAUCCUAUUGCUUGGCUCCUGCUAUUCUUUAUUGUGCUGCUCAGAGCUGCAGUCGCUAUUUUUGGUAACACCUUCAGUCCUAUUCCUUCUGUAACAGCUGAAUUUAUGGGCAUCUCAUUAUCAAGUAUCAAUUGGAUUUACAACAUCAUGUCCAUCUGUUAUAUUGUGGCAAGCUGCUUUACAAGUUAUUUGUAUCAAAAAAUUGGCGUAAAAUGGUCUUUACUCUUGUCUGGCGUUAUUCUCUCUGCAGGCUGUUGGAUUCGAUGGAUUGCAGUCAAAAUCAACCCACCUUCGUUUCCUGUUCUUAUGAUCGGUCAAACCAUUGCAUCACUUAGCUCACCUAUCAGUCUUAACAUCAUGACCAUGUUUUCCAUGCUAUGGUUUACUGAAGAUAGAAGAGCUACUGCUGGCAUGUUUAUCGUCUCAAACUAUGGUGCUAUUAUUGCCAUGUUUCUUAUGCCAGCUCUUGCGACAGGCAAAGAUAAAAUUGAAUUGACGGUUAUUGUUGUAGCAUGUAUUGCAACUGCCGCAACCAUUCCCUUUGUGUUUUUUCCGACGAAACCUCCUACGCCAGCAUCACGUCCUACUCAGCAUCAUCAUGCAACACAGACACCCGAACUUACUCUCAUGCAAGGAACCUUACUUUUGCUAAAGAAUCCCCACUUUCUUAUUUUGUGUGUCGUUCACGGUCUUAAUGUAGGCUUAUCUAUUGCAUGGAAUGGUAUCAUGAAUCAGGCUAUUACGCCUUAUGGAUACACCGAUAGUGAGAUUGGUAAUAUCAAUGCGAUUGGUGUGGUGGGUGGUACUUUGGGUUGCCUUAUGGCUGGUCCCAUCAUUGACAGAACAAAACAACACAAGACGUUGUUGAAAGUCAUGGCACCUUUGAUGUGUAGUACGUAUGUGGCCUUUAUUUUUGUGGUCAAGACAGAUUCAUUUGCUGCCAUUCUUUAUACUAACAUGCUCAGUCAAUUCUUUCUGAGUUUUAUGGUACCUGUCUGUAUUGAGUUGGGCGUCGAGAUCUCUUAUCCAGUCGCUGAUUCUUUGUCCACUUCCAUUCUAUGGCAAUUCUGUCAACUUAUUGGGUUUAUUCUUGUGCUUGUGAUUGACAAGUUUCGCGAUGAACAGGGCUUUCCUCAAAACAAUUUGUACAAGGGUCUUAUCUUUCAAGCAGCCAUUGCUGGUGUUUGUCUCAUUUUUGCUAUUUUGUUUGAUGGUCCUAUGGCACGAAGUGAAGCACUCAAACAGCAACAGCAACAGUAUGAUCUAUCCAAACAAGAGAAACAUGGCAUAGCUCAUCAUUCGUCUACUGACACUAUGCAAACAUUGCUUGAAGAUGGUGCUAUCAGUAAAAAGCCUGUUAAAAAUGAUCAUCGUGUAUAA